CAUACAGAUAUAGGCUUGAAAAAAUGAAUAAAGAUGUACAAAUGAGAUCAACUAUUAACCAAAAGCUAAUUGAAACAGGAGAACGAGAACGCCUUAAAGAACUUCUGAGAGCCAAAUUAAUUGAAUGUGGUUGGAAAGACCAGCUGAAAGCACACUGUAAAGAAGUCAUCAAAGAGAAAGGACUAGAACAUGUCACUGUUGAUGAUUUAGUGGCAGAAAUCACUCCCAAAGGCAGAGCCUUAGUACCUGACAGUGUAAAAAAAGAACUUCUACAAAGAAUACAAACAUUCCUUGCCCAGCAUGCCAGCCUUUGAUUCUUCCAUUGAAUUUUACCAUGUCAAGUGAAUUGUGCUGGAAACUGGAAAAAAAAUAUUUUUCCAUGCUUUAGGUUUAAGGUUCAACUUUUUUAAAAAAAUGUU